CAUUCAAUUAUACUGAUUUUUCUUCCCCCCUACUUUCAGGUCUCAAAUCUUGCCGUGUACUAUUAGUCUUGUUUUGAACUUAAUCUUGGAAUUCUACAUGAAGUGUCAUGCGGCUGUGACAUUGUACUAACAGGCUGCCAGCAGCUAACUUACAGGCUUUCUGGUUGAGUUGUGGCCAAAAUCCUUCUGUUUGGAUUCUGAACUAUGACAUCAUGGCAAGAUUUCGCAGAAGAACAUGCAUCAUUUUGUUGCUUUUUAUUUUGUUUAUUUGCUCCAUAAUGAUGGCUUUGAAGACUCUGAGACCUGAUAGAGCUGGAUUUGGGGAUCCAUUUGGACUUGGUUUGUUGCCUGAGCUUCAACAACGGACAGUGCAUUUAGAUAAUAAACAGAAUUCAUUAAAUAGGGUUCAAGGAGAUACUGUAACGCGUGUUGGUAAUUUGCAUAGUAUCGCAGUCAACACUAUGAAAGCAUCUAUGCCUCCUGUAAACAAGCUGGAAGAAGAGCUGUCUUCUCCUAAUUAUAACUUUCACAUAUUCUACUAUAGUUGGUUUGGGAAUCCACAGUUUGAUGGUAAAUAUAUUCACUGGAACCAUCCGUUGUUGCCACACUGGGAUCCCAAAAUCGCAAACAAUUAUCCAAAAGGAAGGCAUAAUCCUCCUGAGGACAUUGGGGCCAAUUUUUAUCCUGAGCUCGGAUCUUACAGUUCCAAAGACCCUUCUGUCAUAGAAGCCCACAUGAAACAAAUGCGUUCAGCUUCAACUGGUGUAAUAGUGCUUUCAUGGUACCCACCAGGUAUGGCUGAUGAAAAUGGAGAACCAACUGAUGAUUUGGUGCCUGUUAUUUUGGAUUAUGCACACAAAUAUAAUCUAAAGGUCACUUUUCAUAUUGAACCUUACAAAGAUAGAGAUGAUCGCAGUAUGUACCACAAUGUCAAAUACAUCAUUGACAAAUAUGGAGGCCAUCCAGCCUUUUACAGGCAUAAGACCAGCACAGGCAGAUUUCUUCCCAUGUUUUAUGUUUAUGAUUCUUAUGUAACGAUUCCUGAAAUAUGGGCAAAUCUGUUAACUGUUUCUGGAUCCCAGACUAUUCGGAAUACUCCAUAUGAUGCACUAUUCAUUGCACUUCUUGUAGAAGAAAGACACAAGCAUGACAUUCACAGAAGUGGUUUUGAUGGAAUGUACACGUACUUUGCCACCAAUGGCUUCUCCUAUGGCUCAUCUCAUCAUAACUGGGCAAGUUUAAAAGCCUUUUGUGAUAGUAACAACUUAAUGUUUAUUCCAAGUGUGGGGCCAGGGUAUAUUGAUACCAGUAUCCGACCAUGGAACAACCACAACACCCGUAAUCGUGUCAAUGGGAAGUACUAUGAAACUGCUUUCAGUGCAGCCCUUCUGGUGCGACCAGAAAUUAUUUCUAUUACAUCUUUCAAUGAAUGGCACGAGGGAACUCAGAUUGAAAAAGCUGUCCCCAAGCGGACUGGACAGGUGGUUUACCUUGAUUAUAAGCCCUAUAAACCAAAUGUUUACCUAGAGCUUACUCAGAAGUGGUCUGAGAAGUACAGAAAAGAACAAGAACAGUGGCUUAUGUGAGCUGUUGCUGCUGCAGUUGUUUCCUAACACGUUGACUACAUUGAGAAAAAAAUUGAGAGCUGAAAAAUCUGUUAUUAAAUGUCUAUAUUAUAGAUGUUCAAAUUAUUAUAGCUCUUGAAUGUAUAUGCACUACUACUGAAUUUGAAUUCUGAAAAGAUGAUAAUAUUGGCAUUUCUGUCUUAUUGGAUAUUGUAGUUCAACAAUAUUCAGGGAAAAUGCUGGGAUUUUUUUUUUUCUUUUUUUUUCUUUUUUUUUUUUUUUGGAAACUUCAUAACUUGCAUGCUGAUCUUCCAGAACGUCUGCAUGGGAUAACUACAUGACUGAAGUAGAACAAAAAUUUGGCAUAGUUAUACUUAUUUCCUUUAUUCUUGUGGUUGUGUUUCUAAUCAAAAUGAUGCUGUAAUCUAAAUUUUUAUCAUGAUAGCUUCUGCAGGAUGCAUGUCUGUAGUGUAUGGAAUAAUCUACAUCUACUGUUUUUAAUGCUUUGCACACACUGAGUUCUUGACAUUAUGACUAGCUUGUGGUAAAAACACUGAAGAAGUAUGUGUGAUGCGCCACUAGUGGAUUUUGUUUUAAAAAAGAAAAAAGUACUUGAAAGAAUGAGUUCCAAAGAACUGCUGAAAGAUUUCUAGUUUACAUCCAUUUGUUCUAUUUGGUGCAGACUUUUGCAGAUUACUGGAUACUAACAGUAACAUAUUUUUUUCUGUGUUACUUUGAAUUUAAAAAAAAAAGUAUUUGAGAGUGGAAAAGAUUUUUGUGAGGGGGGGAAAAAACCCCUAAACAUUCAAAAAGUAUACUAAAACUUCCAUUCUUACAUGUCUGCUAAUUGACUGCAGAUACAGAUCUAGUGUGGUUUUUAAAAUGUUAAAGAUUCUAAAGCUAAUAUCUUAAUAGUCCUACAAUAAAUAUAAUUUUAGGAAAUGCUUUCUUGUUUCUGAUUUAGGAGCAGUCUGGUUUGGAAGCAAUGACAGAACUGCCCUUUAGUUUAAUCUGUAAUCUGAGAUUUCUGGUUUUCAUAUAGUUCAUCUAGUUGUUCCAGGAUUCAGAGCAGUAGAUACUAAAGUCUUGUUAUCAUUCAGCUAAGCUGCCUACCAAUGCUGUCUUUCAUACUGUGGUGUGGCUGGAAAUGAGUACUUUCCAGACCUAAGAAUCUCACAUUUCAAAUGUUGUGAUUAUUAAUUGUUUUUCUUAAUGGAGUUUGAAAGGAUCAAGUCACAUGGACAUGUCUCCUCAGCAACCCCUUUUUUGGCAUUUUCAUGCAACUUCAUAGGGAUGUCCUGAAUUUUGGAAUAGUAGAAAUUGCAGUGGUUUGUUUAUUUGUAGCAAGUGUUUAAUCUGUAGCAAAGUGGCUUUUUUUUUUUAGUUGUUUUUAUUUACAUUUAUAUGCAAGGUGCUGAUCCUGUGGUUUAGUUCAUAUGCUGGAACUAUUGUGACCACUAGAAUUCCACUGGUUUCAGCAGGACCCAUGGAAAUUACAUUCCUUACUUGGCUCUCACAGAAAUCUCUUCAUGAAGUUGUAAGAUGAAUGUGAGGACUUCUGGUUAAAAGAAGAAAACAAAACAGUGUGAUUUUUUCCAAAAAUUAUUGUAAUUCCAAAUAAACAUAAGCUAGUUACUACUAAUAUUUUUCUAGAGUCUUUCUGGUAUGAGAGAGGUUUGUUUAUGUAUUUUUCUCUUAUUUACAGUUUAAUUCUCCUGUCAUUUCUCUGCAGUUGUUAAAGAAAUGAGGUAUCAUAAUGCCCUCAGCUGCUUGAAAAAAAAUUAAGAGAUUGGGUGACAUAUAUAACCUGGUGUCUUAAAGUGCACCUUGAGUUAUUAGUCUUAUUAAUAUCUCUUAAUUUUUUGCAUUUUUCUACAGCAUUUCUGUGAACUCCAAAGUGCUUCUGAAAGAGAUGUUUACUAAUGCUUACUUUGUUUUACUUACUCUCAGGUGGAUAAACUGAAGUAGAUAUAGGUAUGACCACAGUCAUAGAAUAGUGUCUGAGACAUAUGAAGCACUUGCUAGACUUCUACCAUUUCCAAGUUAACCACUUUUUAUUAACAAGCUUUAUUAAGGAAACUGGUGUAUAUGUUUUUACUAGAAAUCACUUAAAUAGCUAUACAUAAUUUGUUAUAUGUUUAUGCUUUUACAGCCUGAAGAACCCAUAUAUUUAUUUUAAAUGUGAGGGAAUAAUUAAAUAUUGCCUAUAUUAUUAAAAAAAAAUCUGAAAUCAAACCUGUUGAAAGGACGAGUCUCUGUUUUCCACCAGUCUUGUCAUCCCCUGGUCUUUUCUCACUGUAGUAGUUUGAGUAUUUUACUAGUCUUUACAACCCUGCACUCAGCUUUCAGCUCCUUACUUUCUCCUGGUGGCAGUUUAUUUUCUCUGUGACAAUAAAAGUUGUUCCUUUUGUUGCUGUUUAUAGAAAUGUUUAACAUUUAUUGUAUUGUACAACUGAGAUGAUCUAUCUUGUUUAAAAUAUAGUUUAUGGUAUCAGUGUAAUGGAUCUUCAUUACUCUGAAAGACUUCAGUAGUUGCUGUAAAGGUAUUAUUUAGCCCUUGCCAUGAAGUGGUAUGGGCCAUGACACAAUUGGUGUCUAAUGGCAUCUUUAGAAGAAUUUACAGAAUUUCUGUAGAAAAGAAUGAAGAUUAAGUGCCUAGAAAUUUGUUGCCCCUGAGCACUUACUUUAUUAUGUGCUUGAUGUGUUUUAAAAUACGAAUAUGCAACCUGAUAAAUAUGUCAGAGUUUAGAAUUUAAUUUGAUGAUCCUAAGGAGAGCUGAUAGAAUAACAGCUACUAGAACUACCCCACCUGCCUGCCCGAUACUUUCUCUGUAUGUAGAGCAAGUAUUAGUGCUACUUCUUCUUAUAGGGGAUGGAGAGUUUUACUGAUUGACUGCUGCUGCAGUUAUGAUAGUUUUUGGAAAUUUGAGUAAAAAUAGAUCUGUGGGAGAGGAUUUGUACAAAUGCAGAGGAAUAAGAUUGUUACACAUCCACAGUUACUGGGGUGAGGGAGGUGAAAGGUGAAUGUAUUUAAAAGGCGAUUGCUCCAAGCUUUACAGUUAAAUUUAAUUAAAAAGAAAACAAAAAUGUGCAACCAAAAUUAGGAGGGAGGGAAGAAUAUUUAUUAUGAGUUUCAGUUCUGAAGUAAAAUUUAAGGAAUAUCUGAAUAAUAUUUACUUUGGCUUCACACCCCUAUUUAUUGACUAAUUGAAAUAAAAAUAUUGUAAUGAUUACUUUGAAUAUUUUCACACUGAUCAAUUGCAUUUGACUCAUCUUGUUAUAUAUAGUAUGUUAUACUACUUAGAGUGGUGUAUUACAUUUAUAUAGAUUAGGCAAGUAACACUAUGGGAAGAUUUAGUAGAGAUCAGGCCAUACUACGCCUCUGCAAAUAUAGAAGUACCUGAAGUUAUUGAUCACAUACUACUGACUGAGUAUCCCCAGAGGGGAAGUGGUUUCUGAGACAAGUAGCAAGUCUUUGUAGUAAAAGAGAACUUCUUUUUAAAGGAAAAUCUAUAGCUUCAUUUCUGCUUCUGUCAAUUGUGAUCAAGUAAAUUGUUUUAGUUCUGUGAGCUGUUUCAGAACUGAAGCUUAAUACAUCUUCUCUGAAAUAAGAAUUUAUAUUAAAUCUUGUAUAGUAGUGCAUGUUUCUCAGAUCUAUAAACUUGUAUUGAAUUUUGAGGGAAAGAACAUGUGCAUAUGCUGUUACUACUUCAAUGGCAAGCUGUAGAUUAUUGUGAAUAUAGUUUACUCAUGUUCAUCGUGUUUGUCUAGUGCCUUUCUUUUCAGGUGCCAGUGAUUUCUCUCUUAAGAGGUUAUUGAAGCAGAAGGGUCUUUAGUGAACUUAUUUUUAUUAUGAAACUUUAUGUAUACACUCUGCAUAGUUUGAAUUAACACAUUUUACACAUAGCUCUUGGGUUCUUUUGAAAACAUUUCACAGGAGUGUUUUCAGCACUGGAUCUCUAGUAGGAGAAUGUAUCUCUGGGAACAUAAACAAGGAUGUACUGUAAUUUAGGCCACUUUUUUUUCUGAAUCUUAUGUACCUAAAAAGGAAAUAAAGUAUUUACAGACAAAUUAUUUACCACUUAAUGUAAGCUGAAAAUCUCUCUCCCAGUCUUAAGGUAUUUUACAAAUGUUUGUCUUCAUCUUUCUACUUGCUUAAGAUAGUGUCAAUAUUACAUUCCUUUUACUUUUGACCAACAUGUUAAAUGUUGCAGAAACUUCUAAAAUUAUUGUAUUUCUAAGACUUCAUAGUUGUAAUAGUCAGUAAAGAGAAUCUACAAGAUUAUUGGCACUGCAAGAAAGCCUGAUAUGACUUUGAUAUUGUAUAGGUAUGAUUUUGCUGUGAAUGGAUAGUGUGUCUUUGCUAUGUAUUGAACAUGAAUUAAAAAAAAAAAUGGUUUCUUUUAAUACCCUAUCUGGCUGUGGCAGAGAUGCAUUUGCUUACAUGAAUAUAUAAAAACAAGUGUGUGUAUGUGUGUGUCUAUUUAUAUUAUAUAUGUGCAUAUAACUUGAAGUCAUUAUUUUUGAAGUACUAUAUCAUUGUAUUAAAAUUACAAGCUGGAUUAUGCUACUUUUAAGUAAGCAAUGUUUUUAAUUCCCUAUGAUGUUUACAAAAAACCUAGUUAUGUAUGAAUUCUUCCACAAACAAUAAACAUAUGCCCUAAAAGUUUGAUUUAAA